UCUAUUAUCUCGAACACCUGGACCUUUCAUCAAAUCGUAUCGAAAGAAUAGAACGAAAUGCAUUUUGGCCUCUCUACUAUCUCAAACAGCUUCGCCUUGAAGACAACCUUUUAGAAAUAGUAGAGACGCACCUGUUUUUCCAUUUAGUACGCAUUCGAACUGUGUACCUUGAGAGAAACAAAAUUACAGCUUUACAGCAAGGAAUUAACUAUCGAUUUAUAUCAACCUUUUCUAUGCCUGAAAACCGUCUAAAGGAAGUCAGAACUUUUAUGUUCACUUCACCGAGUUUAGUAGUACUGUAUUUAGAUGGAAACGCAAUCAGGAUAUUGAGAAAAGGGGCAUUUGAGGGACUGACAUCAUUGAACUUAUUGAGGUUAGGAAACAACCAAAUUCAUACCGCUGAUCUUUAUUGCUUGAAUGGACUUCAACCUCUAAAGACAUUGACAAUGAACAAUAACUUUCUAACGACACUACCAUACCUAGGAAACCUGACUAAACUACGAAAUUUGAGGUUGUCAUUUAAUUCGUUAGAUCUGGACUCCCAGACAGCUGUGUUUAGAAAUUUACAAACGAUGGGCAUUUUGGCCUUGCAAAACGCAGAGUUAAGAGGAAUUCCAGAUCUCAGCAAAAAUCCAAAACUUUUAUAUCUCUUCUUAUCUAAAAACAGAAUAAAGACUAUAAAAGACGGAACAUUCUUGUUCAACUCUUUACUAAAACAGUUAAUUAUAAAUAGCAACAACAUUGAAAUCCUGUCAAACGAAAGUUUUACUGGGGCAACAAGUCUAGAACUAAUAGAUUUAUCUAAUAAUCCAGUGAGGCAAAUUGCAGACAGCACUUUUUCCCACAAAGCUCUAAAUAUGGUGUUAUUAAUCAACACCGUACUCCAACACCCUUUACUGAUUUCAACCGCGUCGCAUCCCAUAUUCUCAUUUAUCUUGCUAUCGUCCGAUUUGGAAAGUUCUGUCAUUUCUGAUGAGCCAAGUUAUGAUGAAAUUUUAGCCUCUUCUGGUUACCUAUGUAAGGAAUUGAACUUUUUGGAGACGAAAUGCUUCCCCUGUAAACUUGGAACAUACAUUUCCAGUUCUGGCGAUCGAUGUGAAAACUGCCCUGCAGGUGGAUUUUACCAAAAUGAGGUGGCCUACACUGGCAUCAAGUCACAUGGCAUGGGAUGUAAGGAAUGCCCUCAUGGAAAAUACGUUGCACCAGAGAGAAUCCCAGGACGAGCCGAGACAGAUUGUCAAUCAUGUCCAUUAGGAACAGAACUGGAUAAAUUUUCUGGUUUUCGUGCAUGUAGCUGUCUUGACGAACAUUACCGACUCAGUCGCUUUGAAGGCUGUCUUAUCUGCACCAAAGGUUACACAUGUGUAAAUGAAACAAUUGAUUUGGCAACAGGUUUCUACUGGAUAUGGAGCUCAAGGGAAAUAGCUGAGCAGUAUCGAAAGUUUUCUACAGAACUGCAAAUUAGGGAACGUAACUAUGACCCCAAUUUCAUAAGCUUCAAAGGUAGCAUUCCCGUAGCCUAUGCUUGUCCUGUUGCCGAGUCCUGCAUUGGUGGUUUAUAUUCCCAAUGCAAAGCGGGCUAUGAAGGUCCUCUCUGUGCUAUCUGUGCAGCAGGGUACUUUCGAUUUCUAUCUAACUGCGAAAAGUGUCCAACAAUUCCUUGGAUUGUAGGACAAAUAACCCUGAUCCUUUUUGUCUUUAUUCUUCUGUUGAUUAUUAUCUUAAGAGAUAAAAAAGACAAGAAUCAAAAUGGGAGGACAAUAACUGACAUUAUUCUUGCACGACUCAAAAUUGUCAUCGGAUUCUACCAAGUGUCAUCGUCUACCUUUGACUCCUUGUCCUACAUCAGCUGGCCAGGUCCUCUUCUAGAGAUCAUGAAGUAUGCCAAGAUGCUUCAACUCAAUCUCUUACAGAUUCUCCCCCCAAGUUGCGUAUCCAACUCAAUACAUACCAAUGCAUAUACCCACUUCCUCAUCAGCAUCGCCUUCUCUGCUACAGUUGUGUUCUUUUGUCUUAUCUUUCUGGUUCUGAUGAGAAUGCAGAUCAAUCGCAAUAAUACACUAAGCGUGUCUGCCAAGAAUGACAAGAUUUUCAAUACCAAAGUACAAAGCUACAAAUGUCUCUUCCUUGUCCUGUUUAUCACCUUUCCAUCUACUUGUUCCAUAAUAUUCAAGAUCUUGCCCGAGUCGUGUCACGAACUGUGUUCCCAUUCGAAUAGCCAAUGCAUGUCGUACCUCCGUGCAGACUAUUCCAUCAAGUGUGAUGAUGCAACGCACAGGAUCUAUGGAAUCCUCAGCAGAGUAGCCUUGCUGUACACCUUCAUCUUUCCAUUGUUCUUGCUUGUUAUCCUCAAGCGCGAGAGAGAAACACAGAUGAAAGAAAACCAGAAAAACGCCUUUCCCGUUUUGCAGGGUACUAAAUUCUUGUAUGAAAACUACUCGCCAUCCUGUUGGUAUUGGGAGAUCCUUGAAUUAACGAGAAAGAUUUUGGUUUCCUUGUUUUUGAUCAUGUUUCAAGUUGAAAGUCGCAUGGGCUUGGGAGUGACUACCAUCUUAUCCGGAGUUUACGCCGUAGUCUUUGCUCUGUAUAAACCCAUUGAAGAUAAGUUUGAGCAUUGGCUACAAAUGGUUUCUUUGUUAGCGACUUCUGUGAACUUCACCGUUGGAAUGCUGCUGAAGAUCCCAUUGGAGGAGACGUCAUCCAGCAUUAGCAGCGAAACAGAUGCUCUCAUUGUUACAGUUGUACUCAUGGCUGCCAACGUUGUUGUCAUUGGACUUAUUGCAGUGUCAUAUAUAGCCAAAAUGAUCUCAGCAAUCAACGAACUAAGGAAGACCCCACAAUGCAGUUUGUCGUGCUUUUUGAGUGUCUUGCAGCUUGCUAGCGAGGCUCCAGGCGUUGGAGACAAUGUCGAUCAAAAUCUUGCUCAAGCGGAUACAAGCCAAGAUGAUAUGCUGACUUGUGAUGUAGAACGUAUCCAGGAGGUGGAAAUCGAGGAAGAAAAUAGUACAUCGCUUGAUGAAAAACUUGAAAACGACCAGAGCGAAUUUGAAAACCGUGAGAAGAUUAAGAAUAAGAAGAACAUAUAGAACGAUGAUUUAAUGCAACUAUAUAUUCCUACGCGCUUUUACGCUUUACGUUCAGGCAAUAACGUUUAUUAGAAUAGCAAAAAGAUCUAUAAAACUACGGACAUAGAUCAUUUACAAUUAACCAUUUUCAUAUAGAGUCGUUUUCAUAUGACCGUGAAAGAAUAGGCAAACUAAUAGUCAGUACUUGUUGGUAAUUGGUGGUAAUAAACCCAUUAGACUUAACUAUACACUAGGUAUAUGACAAGAAUGACAAGACAAAAAUGUAAUAAGCCAAGAAAUUUGUUUUUAUUUAUAUCUCAGUUGUCAUG